UUUAAAACGACCUUAACAACCAUCAUUUUAUAAGUUUAAGAUGGCCAAUGACAACAAUACAUCUAUUAUCGAUUAUGAAGAUUAUGAACCGGACAAUUUUGAUUCAAAGCUACAUAGUGUAUUUCUACCUGUUGUUUACUCUGUCACAUUCAUUUUUGGACUGAUUGGUAAUCUGCUUGUCAUCAUAAUAUUUAUCUUUUAUGAGAAAGUCAGAACACUCACAGAUACAUUUUUGGUAAACCUGGCAACUGCAGACAUGUUGUUUCUCUGUACCCUACCAUUCCUUGCCCUUCAGGCUGCAGACACCUGGAAGUUUGGAGAUGUUAUGUGCAAAAUUAUCCGUGGUGCAUACCGAAUAAACUUAUAUACAUCUAUGUUAACACUUACAUGCAUCACUAUUGACAGAUUUCUUUCUAUAACCCAAGCUACUAAGCUUAACAACUUUCUGUCGCGCAAGCAUAAAUGGGGAAAGGUGAUCUGUGUGGUGGUGUGGAUGCUUUCUGUGAUCCUAGCCAUUCCACAGUUUAUUUACAGCGGGCAAAAUUGUGUUGAACUUUAUGAAUCGUAUCAGACUGAGGUGCUCGUAACAUCUCUGCAAAUGACAUUUGGCUUCUAUGUGCCUUUAGCAGCAAUUCUGUUUUGUUAUGCUUCAAUUAUAAAAACUUUGAUAAAUGCUAGCAGCUUUCGCAAGCACAAAUCAAUAAAAAUAAUUGUUAUCCUUGUGGUGGUAUUUGUUGCUACACAGUUGCCUUUUAAUGUUAUAAUGCUGCUGUAUAUCAUAGACAAGCACUAUGUACGAGACACUCAUUUUCAGACAGCAUUAAUUAUAACAGAAGCCUUUGCUUAUUUGCAUGCAUGCCUUAACCCAGUUUUAUAUUUUUUUAUUGGUGUAAAGUUUAGAAAAAAAAUCUGUAAAAUGCUGAGUAAUUUAGGAAUUAUCAAGCAUUAUAACGAGCAAACUGAACUCAAGAACACUGAUGGAUACUCAAAAAAUAUUUCUGCUUCAACAAACAUGGAUGCCAUGUCUAUGCAUUAAAAUAGGGAAAUAAAACACAAAGCUGUGUAAUAUAUAUAUAUAUAUAUAUA